GCCAUUGCCAGCCAUAGCCAGCCAGCCAGCCAGCCCCAAGGGCCCAAAAUAUUGUGGGAAUGGGAAUGGAAGGUUGCCCAAAGGUGGCCUUAUAAGGGCAGGAAUGACCAGGUUCCAGUGUACCAGGAAACCAGUCGUCCCCGCAACCAAGUCUCCAAGGAGUUCCAGUUCCAGUCGCAGGUCCCAACUGAAGGUCCCAAAAAAAAGUUCUCAUCACAAAAUGUUCUGGCUGUCAAAAGAAGUCGCUCCUCCGCACUGUGCGACUGCACCUUUCACUCACUGACUGCCACAGCCACAGGCACAGCCGCCGGAAGGGGGAUUGUCUCUCCAGACAUCAGACAGUUUGGAGCUCGGAGUGGAGGAGUGGAGUGUUUGGGCUUCAUAAAUAUCGAAUGUGUGUGUGUGUGUUUCGAGUGUCGACAACUCGGUUGAACGUUGCGUAUUGGGGGUAUUGAGAGUGUGGGAGCUAAAAACUAAUUUUAGAAUGAUUUUAAUGGCUUCACGAAAAGUAUGACGAAAUCGCAGUCAAACUGAAGGAUUUCCUUAAACCAUUUUUAGGUUUAUGUAUAGUUCUUAGCUUGGUUCCAUUCCAUUCGUUUCACAUUUCGGAUCUCAUCUAAGUUUUACCGUUUUAUCCAUUUCACUCGUUGCACUCUUUGGAUCACAUUUGUUUCAUUCCACUUGUUCCCCAAAAUUUGAUCCAUUCCAUUUGUUUCACUGUUGGAACUCUGAACUGCAAUCUGCAUCCGCCUCAGGAAAAGUAUGACGAAAUCCCCGUCAAGCAGUCAAGCAAAGAUUUCCUGCUCUUAAGCGCCGCCUCAAGGUCGACCUCCGAGCCACUCCCUCCCCGCCGCAUCGAUGGAUCGAUCCAUUUGUCUAAUAUUUCGAUAUAUUUAUUUACAAAUGGGGGUUUCCUCAUGGGUGUGUUGCCUCAUAUGUAGUAACCUAACCCCCACCUACCCCACCUGCCCCAUAAAGCCAUCCAUAAAUCCAUGAAUGCAUGACGCUGCCAAUGCCUGACGUCACAGUUGAAUGCAAGGCGCCGCGCCGCGCCGCGCCGCUCGCGCUGUGUGACCUUUUGCAAUCUCAUUCCGCUUCGAGCCGCUGCAUGAUGCAAAACGAAAGUGAAACAAAACAAAAGAAAGAAACGCAAAGAGCGAGAGCGAGAGAGAGAGUGGAAAAUGAAUAUGAUUUCAAAAUCGAAACCUGAAAUCCAUUUGCGUCUUAAAUGAAAAACUAAAAACAUUUGCUAAGCGAUAAAUUAAAAGCAAAAAGAAAAAAAAAAAACGAAGAAAAAUAAAUAAAGAAAAUCAUAAUAAUAAUAGCAACAAAAAAAGAAAAGAAAAGUUUUCCAGCCUUUCGUCACGCUUAUAAAGUUUUGAAUGCGUCUCUGCCACAGCGACUGCGCAAUGGCCCAAAACUCCCAAAAAAAAAAAAUAAUAAUAAUAAAAAUUAAAAAGUUACCCCACCUCUUUCGACUCUGUCAGUCUCUCCCUCUCUCUCUCUCUCUCUCUCUAGCUCUGUUCGAUUUCCAGCUUCGAUUGCAAUUAUCCCUCUACGCUUCGCUCCACUGUCUACUCCGUUGUCUACUUCGUAAAUGAAUUCAAUUAAAAAUUCACAAUCAACAAUAAAUAACCGAAAGCUCAGCGCCCAAGCGGCCAAGUCGUACGCUUCGGUUCCGACAUUUGAGAUAUUCGAGCAGCAUUCGAAUGCAAACCAAACAGGCAAAAACUUCAACAAAACAAAACAAAAAAAUCAAAACUAAAAACCAACACACAAAUCGCUGGCAGAAAAUGGAAUGGAAUGGAAUGGAAUGAAAUGAAAUGCGCGUUGUUGCACAGUGGCCUCAGAUUUUUGCCAUAUUCAAGGUGCGAAAAUGUUGUGAAGAUUCUUUUAGGCGUAGGCAAAUCUAGGCAAAUAUAGAGGAAAACAAAAUAUGCGCUUUAUAUAUUUAUUCUGUAGAACUGUAGAACAUCUUUCCGAAUUCUGUUGGAUGUAUUUUCUCACCCAUUAUUUGUGCCAUUUGCAGCUUAAAAUCUUUGCUUAUUGCAUUUCGGUCAGCUACACAUACAGUGGGGUCAAGCAGUAGGCUUCAUUUGAUAAGAAAACUGAAGGGGCACUUGCAUUCCGAUAAGAAUAACGGACUGAAGUGGGGGCUUUAGUUGGAUUACACACACCAGAGUUCUGGUCUUAUUUUUCUGGACGGGAAAUUUCCUGUAUUAAUCGUUAGCUUUGAUCUGACUUUCUUUUGGGGUUACCGUAUCUUUUCAUGCAUUUGCUGGUUUCUCUAUCUUAUCGAUACCGCUCCGUUCAGUCCAGUUAAGUCCAGUUCCAUACAUUUAUUGAGCAGAUCUUUUGCAUUGGGUCACUGUGCAGUGUGUUGCGAGUCGCCGGCUGGCUGGCUGGCUGGCUGGCUGGCUGACUAGCUGGCCGUCAGUACGAGUAUAUAUGCAUAUAAAAUCUUUGCCAACUGGCGAGCGUGGGAAAAAGGCAUUGGCUAAUAAUCGCGCAGCCGUUCAGUUCAGUGUGGAGUGGACCGGGCCCCAAACGACGACGAUGACUAUGACGAUAUGCAACGCACACACAAAUUACUCAUACGCCGCGUGGCACCCUCGCCCCAUCUAUGGACCGCCUCUAUGGAUCGCUGUCGGUGUUCUUUAGGGUCACUCACACUCUGUUUUUUCGAUGCGGAUCUUCUGUUGUUAUUAUGAUUUCUGGACACUCCUCCUGCGAACCAUACAAAAAAAAAAAAAAAAAAAAAAAAAAAAAAAACCAAAAAGAUACUUUCAUUCAUAGAAACUUUCAAACACACAAAACAAUACUCGUAAAAAAAAAAAACAAAAAACAAAAACAACAGCCAAAAGCUUUGACCAUCAAGAACUGGCCACCGAAAAGAAGAAACAGCUCUCGAUCAGUCAGCAUGUCCGCUGCCACACACAUGGCGCUGCCUGUCCACGCCGUUGGAUGCCCGCCACCGGGUACACCGCCGGUCGUGUCCAUGGGGCCAGGCAAGCGGGGCCACAAGCGCAGCGUUUCGCUGGAGACCAAUGCCCCGCUUGCGUUGCGCAGCACCCCCAGCCAUCAGUCGCCGUUGCUGCAGUUCUCCCAGGGACAUGGCUUUCACACGGGCACGCUGAAGUCGCGCCAGGAGCAGCGGCGCCUCAGCCAGAAGUUUGGCAGUCACAGCAAUCUGGAUGGGGAUGGGAAUGCGGAUGGUGGUGGCCCACACCAGAUGCAGAUGCGUUCCAAGUUCCAGAACAUCCGGCAAAUGUUUGAGCUCAGUCGCAGCUGUGUGGCCGGUAGAGGUGGAGGGGGAGGUGGUGAGGAGCAGCAGUACGCAAACGAGGAGGAGGCGCUACAGUCGCUGCCGGCAAUGCUGCUGCCACAUCAGCAGCAAUCAGUGGCACGACGGACCACACCCAUUACCGGAGGAAGUCGAUUGGCCAUUAACGAGCAGCAGCAGCAGCAGCCCAGCAGCAGCAGCAGUUCGGGGGGUAACUACCUGCGUCCCAUUGCCUUCAAGCCGAUACCAUUUGAGCCGGACUAUCGCAUUGCAUGCCACCAGCAACAGCAGCUGCAACAGCAGCAGCAUCUCCAACAGCAGCAGCAGCAACAGCAGCAGCAGCAACAGCAACAGCAGCAGCAGCAGCAACAGCAGUUCCAGCAGCAGUUCCAGCAGCAGCAGCAACAACAGCAACAGUUGCAGCAGCAACAUCAGCAGCAGCAAGUCGGACCGAUCUCCGGAUCGGUGGAAAGAUAUGGCUAUGGCUCCACACCAUCGCUGGCACCACUCCAGACGACAGCCGUAACACAGAAGUUUGGCAGCACAACAGAUCUGCGACAUUUGGCAGCCAGGCGGCGCAAUCAUCGUGUGCUGCAGCGUGGCAGCAGCAGCACCAGCACCAGCCAUGAGGAUGCCAUGAAUCCCGAAUGUCUGACAGAUGGAGCCAGCAGCAAGAGCAGCGGAACAAUGGUCGGGAGUGAUCUGACGCCGUCGCCCUCGGACUCGGGCAUCUCGGAGCUGGAGGCAGCACUCAAGGAUCGCGACUCGGAGCUGUCGUAUUUGCGGCAGGCCAUGGAACACAAUGAGAAAGACAAGGAGGUCUACUGGGAGCACGAGACGCAACGCCUGAGGCUCUUCUACGAGCGGGAGCAGCGCGAGUAUCAGCUGAAGCUGAAGAAAAUGGAACAGCUGUUGGCGCUGCAGCAGUUCCAGCUGAAGCAGCACAAGCUGCGCCAGCAGGAGCAGGUGCACAAGCUGCAGCAGCAGCUGGAUGCCACACGCUGCAGCAAUCAGAAUCUAAAGCAGUCCGAGCAGCAGCUCCAGUCCUCGGCCAUGGGGCUGCACCAGCAGCUGGAGGACACACGCCAGACGGUGGCCAUGCUGCGCUCCCAGUUGGAGGACAGCGAGUGGAAGGUGUGCGAGCGGAAUGGGGAGAUAGCUUUACUCAAGACGCAGCUGAAGGAGGCGCAUAUUGAAAUCAAUGUCAAGGAUCAUGCGAUUGUCAGCCUGAAGCACCACAACACCAACAGCGAAAUCACAAGCCAAAGUCAACCAAAGGAGGAGCAGCAGAAGCAGCAGCAGCAGCAGCACCAACACCAACACCAACAUCAGCUGCAGCAGCUACAGAAAAUCAUUGCGCUGAAGGAUCAGGUGAUUGGAGCACUCACCAACGAACUGGCAAAGCUGCGCAAAGAGCUCUCCGAUCUGGCCAUUGCCCACGAGUACGGGGAGGAGCCCUGCGGCCGGUACACACGCCUCAAGCAGCAGCUGGACAACCUCAAUGAGAUCUGCCAGAAGACGCGCAAGUACACAUCCGCCGCGGAGGCAAGCGUUCCCGUACCCUUGGAGUUACCCUUGGUGGCUCCACCGGCCCGGCUGGAUGCCAUCAUGCAGCGACUGCAGCUGCAGGACCAGGGACAGGGACAGGGACAGGGCCAGGGACCGGGACAGGGACAGCAGCAGACGCUAGACACGCUCAUUGAGGAAUCUACUACGUAUGCCGAGGACAUUGCCAAGCUGAGGGAGAAGCUGGACGAUUUUCGCAUCAAUCUGGAGCUGGAGAAGCGGCAGUGGUGCGCCGAAAAGGACAAGGUCCUCGGCUACCAGAAGCAGCUGCAGGCCCACUACAUACACAUGUACCAGAAGCUGCGAUGCCUGGACAAUGCGGUGCCCGGACCGGCAGCUACCGCACCAGCGGAGACAGCCACCGAUGUUAACUGAAGAUCCGUCCCCACCGGUGGGAGUCAGCAUAUGGUGCUAUUUGUCAUUGCACUGCAAUUCGAUUGCUCCAGGAGCAACCGAACGCCAGUGAUGCUCUCUAGUUCUUCCUUAAAAAUAUUCUAGUUUCGUCCCUGCACUCUGCGGCAUCCAUUGAGGUCCUAUCUGAGAGGUUCCUCACUUCUUUUAGACUACUAAAAGUACAUACUGGGAAUAUGAUAGAUCGAGAACAGAACAAUGGACUCCAUCCCUCUCCGAUAAAUGCAAUCAAUUAUCGCCACAAGCCCGAUUGAUCCGAUUUACACUCUUAAGCGAUAAACCACAAACGGCGAUAAAUAAUACAAGAUUAUCGAUUUUACUCAAAAAUAAAAGGGGUGUAACGGAGAUAAACUCUUGAGUUGAUAAACUCUCUAUUCUGUCCAAUAAAUUAUCGCCGCUGGCCGAUAACCGAUAGCCUAAGCGAUAAACGAUACAAACGGCGUUAAAUAAUACACGAUUAUCGAUUUUACUCCAAAAGAAGAAGCGGGGGGGGGGCGGUAGAGAUGUGAGUGACCUCUCUCUGCGUGAGCAUAAAAUAUUUUUUAUGAAUAUUUAAAUUUUGUUUUUAUAUAUGUAUUUUUUAAUUUAUUAAAUAUAUUUACCCAAAAAUAAUUAAAACAACGGAAGAGAAUGAGAAUGAUAAAUAAAAUGAAAAAAAAAAUGAAACACCAACAUUUGUGAUUCCGCAUGCGCAUGGAUGAAAUCGUAUGUAUGUUGAAUAUAUAGAUAUAUAUUAUUGAUAUCAAUCCAAUAUGUAUGUAUGUAUGUAUAUGCAAUAAAAGAUACACCUGGUAUAAUAU